AUGGGGCUCAUCAGGGCCAGGAAUGGCGGCGGCAUCGGCGGCGGCGGCGCUGAGGAGGAGGAGGCGGCGCGCGACAGCGGCAGCGGCAAGAGGCGGAGGAGCACGCUGGCUGGCGAGCUGGAGGCGUGCGCGGGCCACGAGCGGGACGGCGCGCUGCUGCUGGCGGGCGCGGGCGCGGGCGCCGGCAGGGUGGCGGACUUCAAGCGCGGCUCGCAGAACAUCGGGCUGCUCGCCAAAACCCCGCUGGGCUACACGCGCCCCGUCAAGAGGAACAACGCGCGCAAGCGGCGCAUCCAGAACCUCAUCUACGACGCGCUCGAGAGACCGCGAGGAUGGGCGCUGCUCUACCACGCGUUUGUGUUUCUGAUAGUUCUGGGCUGUCUGAUUCUGGCUAUUCUGACCACAUUUAAAGAGUACGAGGCUGACUCAGGUCACUGGCUGGUGGUUCUGGAAACAUUCACUAUCUUUAUUUUCGGAGCGGAGUUUGUGCUAAGGGUCUGGGCAGCAGGAUGCUGUUGUAGAUACAAGGGCUGGAGAGGGCGGCUCAAAUUCGCCCGCAAACCACUGUGUAUACUGGAUAUCUUUGUGCUGAUAGCGUCAGUGCCGGUAGUGGCAUUGGGCAAUCAAGGAAAUGUGUUGGCCACGUCUCUCCGGAGUCUGCGCUUUCUGCAGAUCCUGCGCAUGCUGCGUAUGGACCGCCGAGGAGGCACCUGGAAACUGCUGGGGUCCGCAAUAUGUGCCCACAGCAAGGAGCUGAUCACUGCCUGGUACAUAGGUUUUCUCUCUCUGAUCUUGGCCUCGUUCCUGGUUUAUCUUGUGGAGAAGGAUGUUGUAAUGACAGACGGGUCAGUCGAGGAAGACCUCACCCCCACUCCCACACCUGCGCAGGACUUUGACACCUAUGCAGAUGCACUGUGGUGGGGGCUGAUAACUUUGACAACCAUUGGAUAUGGUGAUAAGACACCAAAGACAUGGGCAGGACGUCUGCUUGCUGGAACCUUUGCUUUGAUCGGUGUUUCAUUCUUCGCUCUACCGGCUGGGAUCCUGGGUUCUGGUUUGGCUCUUAAAGUUCAGGAACAGCACAGGCAGAAACACUUUGAGAAACGCAGACACCCUGCAGCCGGACUCAUACAGGCGGCAUGGCGAUAUUAUGCCACAAAUCCUAUGAGAGAAGACCUUAUUGCAACAUGGAGAUUCUACGAAACAGUGAUAUCUCUGCCAUGCUUCAGGAAGGAAAAUCUGGAAGCAAUUGCUAGUCAGAAGCUGACUCUGCUGGACCGCGUGCGUCUGCCCACUCCACGCCCAUCCUCGGUGAGAGGGCGCUUCAUGAUGCCUGCAGGGAACCCUGGGAGUGGAGCAGGGAACUGUGGGCCGGCAGAGGUCGACAGUCCGUCUAAAGAGGCAAAACCUGCCGGCUUCACCAACAGAGAGAGAUUCAGGACUGCGUUCAGAAUGAAGGCCUACGCUCUGAGACAGAGUUCAGAAGAUGCAGGUGGUCUGACAGACCCCACACCUGAGGAAAAGGGCUUCCCCCCUGACAUCCUGAUGGAGGAAAUGAUUCCUACUCUCAAACUAGUCAUCAGAGCAGUACGGAUUAUGAUGUUCCUGCUGAAUAAAAAGCAUUUUAAGGAGACUCUGAGGCCAUAUGAUGUGAAGGAUGUGAUAGAGCAGUACUCUGCAGGACACCUGGACAUGCUCUGCAGAAUCAAAUACCUCCAGACACGAAUAGAUUUGAUUCUUGCUCCUGGACCACCGCUUACUCCAAAACACAAGAAGACCCAGAAAACACCUUUCCCCUAUCCAUCUCAGCAGUCCCCCAAACAUGAGGCUUAUCUGGCUAAAACAGGCCUGCCGGAUGCCGAGGACCAAAGCAUGAUGAGUAGAUUUGUGCGUGUGGAGAGACAGGUGACGGACAUGGAGAAGAAGCUUGACUUCCUGGUGGAUAUGCACAUGCAGCAUGAUCUCACAGGCCCCACUCAUGUUACCAUGGAGCGCCAUGACCCUUCAGUCACCGUCAGCGUCGCCGGAGACCGAGUGUACUGCAGCUACGCUCCACCCCUACACUAUACACCCUUCUACACACUCUCACACACAAUGUCCAAUACACAUUCUCACUUGAACCCGGCAAGGCCCACCGUCUUGCCGAUCAGUCCACUGCCCAGCCAUUCCCCUUCUGACCACCUGGACCUAUCAGAACACGUUUGCGUGGGUCAGGGGGCAGGCACUCCGCUGUCGUUGCUGUCCGUCACCCAUGAGGAGCUGGAACGGUCACCCAGCGGCUUCAGCAUCUCCGCCGAGAGAGAAGAGGUCAUGGGCAAAGGUUCGGGAGUCACAGCAGGGUCAAGUUGGGGACGUGAUCGCCGCUAUCUGGCCGAGGGAGAGACAGAUACGGACACUGACCCUUUCACUCCGAGUGGACCCGUUCCACUGUCUUCUACUGGAGACGGAUUUGCCACUGAGGGAGCGUGGACCACCCCACCUUGAAAAACGCACGCAUACGCGCACA